UAGCAAAUACUCAAAUGAGAACUUUGAGGACUGAAGUGGGGAAAGGUUCCAUGUGAACAGCAGUUGGACAUGGGUUAGUCGAUCCUAAGGCAUAGGGAAGUUCCGUUUGAAAGGCGCCCUCGUGCGCCGUGUGCGAAAGGGAAGCCGGUUAAUAUUCCGGCACCUGGAUGUGGAUUCUCCACGGCAACGUAACUGAACGCGGAGACGUCGGCGGGGGUCCUGGGAAGAGUUCUCUUUUCUUCUUGACGGCCUAUCACCCUGAAAUCGGUUUGUCCGGAGCUAGGGUUCUAUGGCCGGCAGAGCCCCGCACCUUUGCGGGGUCCGGUGCGCCCCGACGACCCUUGAAAAUCCGCGGGAAGGAAUAGUUUUCACGCCAGGUCGUACUCAUAACCGCAGCAGGUCUCCAAGGAUUGGCUCUAAGGGUCGGGCUCGCUGGGCCUUGGGGGGAACCCCUCGGAGCAGGGGGCACUAGCCGGGCAACCGGCCGGCGCCCCCCAGCACCGGGUGGGGGACGCCCUUGGCAGGCUUCGGCCGUCCGGCGGGCGAUUAACGACCAACUUAGAACUGGUACGGACAAGGGGA